UAAUUUUUAUAUACUAAAAUAAAAGUAUUAGUUAAUUAACAUGAAGUGCUUGCAAAAAAAAAUUUUAUUUUCAUCUAACUUAUGAACUGAUAGGUACAGAAUAACUCAAAAAUACAAUUGACAUCAAAUUUAAUAUUCACAAUACAACAUCGAAACGAUGAUAAAUUUUAUUGUAUAAUUAUUUAACAUUCUAAUUAUCAUCACUUAUCAUUGCAGAAGAACAUUUUCGAUGUAAUAGAUAUUUGUGGACUAUGUGUGACAUUAAAAAUAAAUUCAGAUGAGAUGUUGAGAAAAAAAAAGCAAAAAAGCAUCGAUCGUAAAAACCGAGUUUUCCUCAAAAAAUGCAGUGUGGAAAAUUAUGAAAAAAAAAAAAAAAAAAAAAAAAUGGCACAUAAAUCAACAAAUCAGAUAGUUGGCACCUGACAAGUCGUUUUUCCUUCUCGGAGUAACUAAUUAAACUUCAUAAAUCAGUUCGGGCACGAGCUGCGUGUUUAUCAUCUGCUGCUGUCAUUGGCCUGUCGUCAACAGUACAGGUAGUGCCCCGUCACUUGAGCUGCAGUCGCGCGUGAAAAAAAAAAAAAAAAAAAAAAAAAAAAAAAAAGGCUAGUCACACUCGUGCGCGCAGUCGUAAGAACAAGUCGGCCAGAGAAUGUCGUCGAGCAGCAGCGACGAGGAGAGCGCCGCCGACGCGAUAAAAAACACGGUGACCCUCGUCGACGUGGUCACCGUGACUAACAGGGUCUGCGAGAGGGACCGCUUCAUCCACGUCAAAGACUUCAACCUGAGCCCCUACUCCAGCGAGAGGCUCGGCUUUUUCGCCUCCCACCGACAAUUGACCAUCAAAAUCCGGCGUAACAACAAUCUCCAGCUGGAGGAGCUGAGCCUGUUCGUCAAGUCCCUGCCCCACGAUUGCAAGCAGCAGCUCGAUUUCGUCCGGAAGGAGGGCCUCUUCGCGGAGGAGUGCAACUUUUACGGCAGCAUCGCCCCCGAGAUGCUCAUGAAUUACAAGGGCGAGAGAUGGUCGCCCCAUUGCUACUCGGUCAAGUUGGAUUGCCUCGUGAUGGACGACAUGAGGUUUUUGGGUUUCCGGCACGCCGAUUUUUUCGACAACUCGCAGCUGUUGAUGGCCGCGUUGGCGGCCCUGGCUCGCAUGCACGGCUGCUCGAUCGUCGCCGAGACUCGGCUCAGCGAGUCGUUCGAGCGUCCACUGACGAUGAGAGAGCUUUACCCCAACAACUUUCGAGAAAAGCAGUUCAACCGGCGAGCGAAGCUCUACCGGUGGUUCAAGUCAGCCGUGAACGUCUCGUGCCGGCUCGGCAAGGAAUUCGGCCACAAGAUCGACAAAUUUCCCAAGGUGUACGAGCGGCUGUUGCAACUGGUCCGACCGUCGCCGAGGUACCGCAACACCCUGUGCCACAACGACUUGACGGCGGCCAACGUCAUGUUCAACGAGUCGGGGGACAACGCCGUCCUAUUGGACUUCCAGAUGGUAAGGUACGUGCCCCCGGCCACCGACGUUUUGCAGCUCUUGUACCUCCACACGUCCCGCGCGUUCCGCAAGGCCCACGAGAAGGAGCUGAUCAAGUAUUACCACUCGAUUCUCGUGGCUACGGUCAACCGGACCGACCAGAAGGACCAAGCCGACGUCCCCAGCUUGAAGGAGAUACUCAACUCCGUGAGCGAGCUGAGACUGUUUGGGGUGGGCUUGGCGAGCCUGUACCUGCCGAUGACGCUCAUCAGUCCGGACCUCGUCGACAAGCAGAUCGAGGACGAGGAGGCUUACGAGAUGUUCUUGUUGGGCGACAGGAUCGAUCUCACGAGGAAGAGUUUGCAGGACGACAAUUACAGGGCAAAGGUCGAGGACAUUAUCAGCGCUUUCGCGGAUUACGCGAAAAAGUGUGACGUUUGAAUCCCAAUGCCCUAUACAUAUAUACGUAUGUCGUGCAUUACGAAUGCUUGGAUAAAACGUACAUUUACCGAGCACCCCUGUGUUUUUUUUUUUUUUUUUUUUCAUCUAAUGUUGUUUUUGAUUGAAAAAAUACUCGAUUGGUCGGAGCGUGUUAUCGUAUUACAAUAAAUUUGAUAAUUACCAAGUAUUUUUUUUUUUUACUUAAAGAAUGGGGUUGCUUGGUGUUUGAA